AUGGAGGAAAUAGUGAUUGUGUUUACAAUCGCCUACGCGCUUGUUUCACUGUGUUUUGUGGCGCCUCCAAGAGAGUUUGUCAGUGCCGGUUUAACCGUGCAGAAUAUCCUAUCUGGAUAUUUAGGGAGUGAAGAUAUGGAUUUUGUUGGCUAUCAUUUGAAAAGAACUACUUCCACUGUGUUACUUCACUCACUGCUUCCACUUGGUAAACAUGAGCACUACGCUAAGAUAGUUAGAUGCUUUUAUUUUUAUCUUUUCUACAAUUAUAUUUAAUAUUCAAAUCCCGUCUCCCCUCUACUGGAGGUACAGUUGAAUUUUAACUUGCAGGAAUUUUUUGGUGCCGACAUAUUUCUUCCCUAAUUCGAGACAGGGUGAAUCAUCAAACGUUAGUACAGCUGUUACCGUCCCUUCGGCAGAAAAUUAAUGGGAGGAAUUUUAGAAUACCUGAUGACUUAUCCGAACGCUUUAAAGAACGACGCACAACACAAUGUUCAGGUUUUGUUUUUAAUCGAGAUGCAAAUAAAUGGCCGGGUAAUCUGAGCUGUCAGUCACACAGGCUGGAGAAAAACAUAAAAAUGAAAACCAAGUAAAACUCUUUUGUCAAAGGGAUUUUUUAUAAUGAGAAAUCUUUUUGAAACUUAUUUUGCACUCCAGAAGAAUAUGGGUGAAUCACCAUAUUAAUGUUUUUAUUUAUUUAUUUUUUUUUUUCAUACACUCAGGUUACUAUAUUUGUUUGGGACUGGUUUCACCUAGACUUCGGUUGUUUGACCCAGCAAGAGCAGGAUUAUCUGCUAAUAUUUGUCUGUUAGCAUGUUUGAGUAUUGCUCUUGGUGGUGCUGUUUGUGCUAGAUAUUGGUCUUGGAAUAAAUGGUAAGUUCAUGAACAAGGUGUAUGUUAACAUGACUUUGUAUGUAUAGUAAUCAUCAAUACACAAUACCAAGUUGUGUGAAAGCAGUUAGAGAAAACCCAGUGCUAGUUUAUAUCAGUCUGUCUUUGAACUACUUGGUCCUGACUGCUGUCAGGCUUCAGUUGUUAAAAAUAUGGACAACACUGUGGACAAAUCUUUGAAAGAUGGAGCUACACAAUUAACUUUCCUAUUACCUAAAGUUGGAACACACUAGGUGACAAGUGACAACAACACGUUGCAGUGACAAGUCAUGUAGUAUAUACGGGAUAAUUUUUGCAACAAUAUUUGUUUCUGUGAUAUAAUUUAUUGUCUCAGUUAGUGAAAUCAGAAAAUCAUGAAAUCAGAUUGAAUUCAUUCAAAUUGUUGCAACAACAAAAUUCUAUUGCAGAAACAAAGAUUACAAAAAGGCUCCAGUACACACAAAGUAUUAGUGGCUGCAGCCUGUCCAGAACUUGUCACCCAACCUGUACACAAGGAGUGAUUUGUUGCCAGGACAUUUUGCAGUGACAUGUUGCUGAGUGUUUUCUGACCUUUAAUGAAUCUGCUGGAAACAACAGUACUAGUCUUGAAAAAAUUCUGGCAGAUUGCAAAUGAUUGGGCUGAUUCUUUAAAACUGUUUAUUUACUAAAACUGACUAAACUUCAAUGUUAAUCUCAGAAAACUCAAUAUUAUUGUCUGUCAACAGUUGAGACAUGUAUUACAUGUAGCUAUAAAUCUAAAGGGCAUUUAUCUGCAUCAGUCGACCUAAACAAUCAUUACAAACAAGUUCAAGAGACUACAUUAUUGUGUAAAAGAAAUAGAAAAUUAUUACCAUUCAGCUAGCCUACAUUACAAGUGCCGGUUAUUAUAUUUUUACAGGCUGCAUGAGGGGCAAAUGUGAAAAUAGGGAAGAGGAGGCGCCUGCAGUGAAGGCCGUAGUUUUCCAUUUUCUUUGUUUGCUGAUGGUGCAUAAAAUGCCAUUGGCUAAGAUCGCCCCUAGGGGGUUAGUCCCGGGGGGUUAGUCUGUCACCCACCUAAAUGCAUAAUUGCCAGUCAAUCGAAAUUCAAGUCUUGUAAAGAGGCCCUGCCGGGAAGGUGUGGGGGGGCUCAUGUCGCCCGCCUGAAUCUUAAAACGUCUCGUGUCGGUGUUUAUAGAUGUUUGUCGCUUAUUUUCAGCUUUGCCGUCACUGUUGCAAUUUGGCCGAGGGAGGUUGUCUCUUGUCGUGAUUUCAUUUUACGCACUGUCGCUACUUUUUGGGCCAUGUGGCUUGUCAGAAUUUACCCUGGCAGGGCCUCUGUAAACACCCCCGUCACAAGCAGCAUGACAAUGGCUGAAAAACUGUUUAAAUCAUGCUUGGAAGAAAUAUUUAAAAAAGCUCAGCUGGAGAUGAUUUUCGAUUUCAGUUUUCAUUUUUGAAAAGCAUUGUGCCAUCUUUUUUGGUAAAGAUCUCUUGGCAGUAUUACCAGCUGGGUUCCAAGAAAGUUUAAUUUUCCAUUUUAUUCAUAUAUUUGGGGUUCAAAGACUGGAGCCAUCUCUGCAAGCUUUGUCAUUGUUUCCCUGUUGCAAAGCAGCGGAGGUAACUUCUACGGAAUUGUCAGCAUGUUAAUGAGAGAAAAACUGGACUGUUAAAAAGAAAUAUAGCAAGGAAAGUAUAACAUCACAUAUGUGUCAGCUGAAGCAGCAAUGUACAAAGGAUUUAUGACUGAAAUUGCUAACACUGCCCAACACAAAUAUAGCAGUGUCUUAACGUUCGCGUUUGUGACUGUGGACAGCAGUAGCAGUAGAUGAGGAAUAUUUCAGUGGCCAGUUAUUCUGAAGUUUAGUGUCAUUUACUUUAUGCAGGUAUAACCAAAAUACACAAGUUUAUAUUUUCGUUUGGGUUUGUCGUCGGUUUCAUGUCGUUAGAUGAUCACCUUUCAAUCAAUUUUUUGUCAGUUUAAGCAGCACUGUCCAUGGUCUCGGCAGCAGGCACCUCUUCUCCUUUUCUCCCUUUGUGCAUCCUCUACUUUUGUUCCUUUGCCCUAAAAAACCAGUGCCUGCUAUGCAGGCUACCAUUCAGCUAAAAUAUAUUUCUGUAUUUAAAAAUCAAUUUCUCACAUUGUUUUCAUAAGAAAUAUAUACAGAACAGAUGCAGAAGAUUUACAUUGAUAUUAGGGGCUAGUGAUAGAUCUGCACUUUAUAAAUCCUUAAAAAGAGGUGCUACAUAAUUUUCUUUUGUUUUUGUCCAGGUCCCACCAUCCUUUUGCAAAACUGUUACUUAAGCAUGGAAGCCCUUGGAGAGCUGUAGCAUCAAGUGUUAACAUAGAAUUCCGUCGCAUCACAAAGUUUUCUACAAUAAUUGGAGGCACCAGCCUUUACAUCACAGAUUCAUGGAUAAUUAGUUGCUCGGCAUACAAAAUAGACAUUGCCCAUCAACCUGAUGUCCACUUGUCAAUCAUUCAUGCAGAAGACCAUGCCAUUUCUCAUGAGAGUAGUGUUGCUGUGCAGUUCUUGAAUAUCAAAGUUUCUAGCAUCACGCCAGGGGUUAAGCCCUUUGUUAUUAGACUGAACUCCACAGAUUAUGGUGACCUGAGGGAAAAGCUGCAAGCUCCAAUCAGAAAUGCAAGGAAUGUUGUAAUACACCAAUCACUCAGUGACAAGUUUAUUGAGGCUUUUAAGGAGCACGUUGCACAGAAUGAUGCCUAUCACUUACAGGAUGGAGAAGAGGUGUGUACUGUUUGUAGGAAGAUUCUAAAAAAAGGCAAAGCUCAAAACAAAAAUCAUUUAUCAAGAUCAUUGUUUAUUUUCUCUUAGGAUAAUCAAAAUGAAUUACUAUUGCCUUGAGUUUCAUUUGUGAGAGUGGUUACCUCCUCAGAUAUAACCUGAGAUCAGGGUCUAUUUUCGUUUCGCUUUGUAAAUAACAUUCCAGCGGGAUCAGGCUCUAUUUUCGUUUCGCUUUGUAAAUAACAUUCUGGCGGGCUUGGUGAAACGAAAACAGUUAGCGGUAGCCGUUAGAGAGAAUGUAUGAGAACUGCUCAAAUUGGGCCUGAUCUCAGGUUACCUCAGAUAUCAUAUUAAAUACAAAAAAUUCCAUCCCUGGCCUAGACAGCAGUGUAAAUUUUGCAGUGCUGUCUAAGCCAGGAAUGUUUUAACAUAAGCUAGAGUGUUGUAAAGAAAAAGCUAAGCAGUAUUAUUUACUGAUCCAGCUGGCUUUUUAAUCAACUACACCUUUGUAAUUACCCCAUGUGUUUACUUUCCUUGCAUUUUGACCUGGUGGUAAGCUCUCUAUCAGUCCAUGAAAUUCACUAGCAACUGCUUUUUAGGUUCAUCUCCAAUUGAGCUGUUUGCCUUGGAAUUCUACCAGCUGUAAAAAGUGUAAGAAGAGCUUCACUUGUAGUCAUUGUCCCUUUCCUAUCUAUUUUGUAAAGGCUCGUCUGUUUUCCUUGCAUUUUUUCUUUUCAAAGGUUUCUGUGUAUAUUUUGUUGUAUGAAGCAUACAAAUGUGGUAUGGCCUGAACAUCCCAGAAUUUAAUUCAAAUUAAUUAUACAUAUGCAUCCUUAAUCAUCUAUUUUUGUCUUUUAGGAGCCUGAACAAUGUAUUGGCUGCAUGCAAGCACCUGCAAAUAUCAAACUACAGAAACUGUGUGCCUCAGCUGGAGAGGGCCAAUGUGUGCCCUGUUAUUGCCGUCCAAUGUGGUGUAUAGACUGUAUGGGCAAAUGGUUUGCCAGUCGACAAGAUCAGCACCAGCCUGAGGGCUGGUUAGCAAGUACCUCCCCUUGUCCAACUUGUAGAGCAAAGUUUUGUAUGCUUGAUGUAUGUUUGGUUGGUAGAUGAUAGUGAAAACACACAGCAAGUGUAGAUGAAAAGUGUUCAUGGCCACAUUGUAUAAAGCAUUGUCGUUGACAAAGAAUUUUAAUAAUCAUCUGUCUUGUAAGCAGUUUUAUUUGACCAUUGUCACAGUCUUUUUCUUUUACUCCUCUUAAAAUCACUGAUUUAUUUUUUUUAGUAUAAUGAUUCAACUUAGAGGGUUUAGAAUCAAAGGUGCAAGCUAGAGGGAGUUGCAAUGUUGCUCUGAUUCUCUCCUUAUCGCCAUCAAAUGGUGAUAUGCAAGUGCUGUACCAUCUGCUAGUGUUAUGAGAAACAACUCUCUCAGUCCUCAAUGAAUAUUGGCAUCUGCACAUAUGGUAAAUAAUACUGAGUGCUUGAUCUCAUUAAUUUCAGAUGGAUUGCUGUUACCACAAUACUCUUUGUUGUCCAUCCAAACUUUUGCAUACAGUAUAAGCAUUGUUUUCAAUUUCUUUUGGG